UAGAAAUGAUGGAGGUGGAACUCGUUCGUCAAAGAACAAUCGUCAAAACAACAAGGGAAUUACAAAAAGAAAAGAAGUGCAAUCCCACAUGGCAAAGAGAGCGAACAAAGACUUCUCGGGAAUUAUACCGAGAUAAAGUCCGAGUUCAAGCAGAAAAAUAUAGGAAACAGAAAGAGUUAAAUAGAAUCUCAGUCGAAAAGGCACAGAAACAAAAAGUGAGCAUAACCAGGAAUAAAAACGUAGAAAAAACUAAGUAUUCCAAAGAAAAUCCACUGGUGCAGGGAAGCCUGUACCGGAAUGUUGCUGAGUUACAGAAUAUAAUUCGUCAGUCAUCAAAAGAACGAUUACAGUUGGAACGCCAUCUAGCGAGAGCUACCGAAGCUGCACAAAGAGCAUCAAGAGUUGAUGUUGUCCAGUACGAAGCUCUGCAAAAGAACAAUGAAGCUUUAAGGCAAAGACUGGAUGAACUUCUGAAAACUGCAAAUGAGCUUCAAGAUGCUGAAAUACGUUUACAAAAGAGGGAGUCUGAGGUACAACAGCUGAGGCUGGAGUUGAAUACUAAAGAUAACCUGUGUGCUGAUUUAGAAUAUCAGUUGCUUUUAACAUUAAGGAAAGAAAGAGAACGUCUAAGACAGAAUCGCCAAACUCCGUAUCAGUUUGAAAAUCCAAUAAAUGAAGAAUGUCUGAAACUUCGUGGUGGUUUUGAGUUAUUUGACAAAAAUUCCACCCUGGCUAAAUCAGAAGUUGAUAGCCACCACGGCCGAGGAAACAAUCUGGAGGCUCUUGUGAAGCAUAUGCGAGAAGCUGCCGAAAAGCGGAAAGAGCUAGAAAAACAAUAUGCAGAUGCUGUUGCUGAGCUUCAAAAGAAACAGGAGGAGUUUCGUCAUGUCCACCAUAGUGGCAAAUCAGAAAAACAUCAUGCUCAAGAAACUAUACAGUCUCUUGAGUCAAAGGUGCGAGAGUUGCAGAAGAAAUGUGAGCUUCAGAAUGUAUUACAUGAAGAGCUUGCACUUGAAAUGGCUGCCUUACGCCGUUCUCAGGUUAAACAAGCAUGGCGAUCUCAAAGAUCACAUUCUGCUGAUAUUCCAAAUGAAGGUAGCAAGUUAGACCAAGAAAUGGAUCUUUAUUUGGUUGGAAGUGAUACAAUUUUCAGCUCAAAUAGAAGUCAUACUCUUUCAUCAUCUUUACCAGUAUUAGAUAAUACAAUGACUCGAAGCUUGAAUGUGUCAUUUGAGCCUUUUAGUUCUAUUCCAAUUACUAGUCCAGGUACAAAUAUGAUAUCUCCGGGCACAACAAUAUCAUCAUCAUCACCUGUAUCAUCAAAUAUCCUAAGUUCAGCAUCACAUGAAAUCGAUAGAAUUAUAGCUCGCAUUGAACAAGAUAAUAGAAUUUUAGCUGAACUAGAAAGAUCAAGAGCAACAGUUGGUUCACCUGUUUCAACAGCUAAUCUUGAACGUUUAAAAUCACAGUUUGAAGAAGACCAAAAACAUUCAGGUGACAUCACUCACAGAUCUAAUAUGAAAACAUCUGUAACCAUGAAAGACCUUGACGUACUUAUGGCAAAAUUAGAGCAAGACAAUAGAAUAUUAGCAGAAUUAGACAGAAAAAGAGCAACUAUAAGUAGUAGAAGAUCAUUCUCUGUAACACCACCUGGCAGUAGAAGUAGCACACCUCUAACUGGAACCUCAUCCUUAUCUGGAGCACUUACUGGAAAUGUACAACAAUCAGGGAAUUAUAGCUCCACUCUUCCAGCUUUACCAAGUGGGGCUCCAUAUGCCUCAACGCCUGUAAGGACGGCCAAAUCGGAAGAUAUGUACGAGGAAAUUGAUUACAUAGAUUUACCACAUCGAGGUCAAUGCAAGGUUUAUAUUGCACGUUAUAGUUAUGACCCUUUGAAACAAUCGCCAAAUGAAAAUCCAGAGGCAGAGUUACGAUUACUUGCUGGUGAUUAUGUCUUAAUAUUUGGAGAGAUGGAUGAGAAUAUCUUUGUGAAGGAUGGAUUUUUCACUGGCGAACUUCUUGAUGGACGUAAAGGAUUGGUUCCUUCAAAUUUUGUAGAAAAAUUGACUGGCGAAGAACUUUAUGAAUUUCAAUCCCAGGUUCUGUAUGGAACUAGGGAUUCUGAUGAUGGCAGUGCAAGUUUUAUUUACCCUGAUGGUGAUCUAGCUGGAGAUGAUCCUCAAAUGUUUUGCCGUGUUGAAUCAAAAAUUACCACAGAGGAUUUUCAUCGUAUGAAUGACUAUAUUGAUUUAGAAGAUGCUGAUGAAUUAGAUGAAGAUGAGUUAUCUGAUGAAGAAGGACCAGUUCCCCCUCCCACUAGACUUGUCUUGGAAAGGCAGCUAAAUAAAAGCAUUUUAAUUGGGUGGUGUCCACCUGAUGCUCCUCCUGGAACAGCUGAAGCCUAUCAUGUAUAUGUAGAUGGAGUGCCCAAGGCUACUAUCCGAGCUACAGAGAAAACUCGUGCUCUGGUGGAAGGAGUUGACUGCAAUCAACCUCACAGAAUUAGUGUCCGUUCAGUCAACCCUCUUGGUCGACACUCUAGAGAUGCAGCUUGUACUAUUGUUAUUGGAAAAGAUAUCCCUUUGGCACCAAGCUGUGUUAAAGCUUCUAAUGUCACCUCUACUUCAGCAGUUAUUAGUUGGCUGCCUAGUAACAGCAAUUUCCAGCAUGUUGUUGCCAUCAAUAGUGUUGAAGUCAAAACAUUAAAACCAGGAGUAUUUAGGCAUACAAUUUCUGGUUUGGCUCCUAAUACAACGUAUAGAGUUUCAGUUAGAGCCCGCCCAGCACGCCUUUUUUUCAAUCAUGAAAAUCCCAAAAAAAUUGGAAUGUUGACAUCUGCAAUUGAAUUUAGAACGCUUCCUAAAGGUUGUAAAGGUCUUCCUGAACCACCUCUUGAUGUACAAGUUGAACCUGGUCCACAAGAUGGUACAUUAUUAGUCACUUGGCUUCCGGUAACAAUAAAUAAUAAAGGGACGUCAAAUGGUGCACCUGUAACAGGAUAUGCCGUUUAUGCUGGAGAGAGGAAAAUUAGUGAAAUUGAUAGUCCUACUGGAGAUCAUGCUCUUCUAGACAUGAUGAAUUUAGCUCCAUUAAAAAAACGGGCUAUAACUGUAAAAACCAAGUCUGGUGAUAAUUUAUCUAUAGAUUCUAUGCCAUGUAUGAUUCCUGUGGAAUUAUUGAAAGGUGUUGCAGCAUCACUGAUACAUCAUGCAGAGCCGGAAACAGCACAUAUAGAAGAUGGUGAAAAAGAGCAUCGGCCGCAAAGAAGGAAAUCCACUGGUAGCUCCGAUUCUGAAUCGGAUACUGAACUGGCCGAACUGCUGAAGCAUGUGGCCCGCAGGACGGCGGAAUUUGAUCCCGCCGCCGCUGCCGAAAUUGCUGGUGGGCAACAGGGUGCAAGAGUUGAAGAUUUAGUUGAAGAGGGUAUUCGAUCAGAGCUUUCUGACAUUGCUGAGGAACCUGAAGAAGAUAUGCAUUCAGAUCGAAAGGACAGAAAAACCCAACAGCAUUCUCGAGACAGCAAGUCUCCAAGGGAUUAUGACAGAAGAUUAGACAGAGUUUCAGAUCGCCGAGAUGAAAGGUAUGAAAGAAGGGAUGACAGAUAUGAUGACAGGCGAGAUGAUCGAAGAGAUGAAAGACGUGAUGACCGAAGAGAUGGAAGGCAUGAUGAUCGACGUGAAGAUAGAAGAGAUCGAGAUCGCAGAGAUGACAGAUAUGAUGAUCGGAGGGAGGAACGGUCUAGAAGAGAUGACAGAACUGAUAGAAGAGAAAGUAGAAUUGAUGAUCGCAGGGAUCGCUAUGGACCACGAGAUGGAAGAGACUCUGAUUAUCAACGCACAAAACAUUCUCAGUCACAUUCAGAUUCAAGAACUCAUGAGAAGCAUCAUGGACGUAGUUCCCCCACCAGUAUGCAUCGAGAAUCUAGAGAGCGUUCUUACAGUAGUCGCACUGGACCAGAUCAGAGGCGUUUAAAUAGUUUAGAUGUAGAAAGGAGAAAUUCAGCUGGUCAAAUUAUCAUUGAACCCGAGGAAAAUCUUAGUGAUAAAGAAAUUUAUCCUCAUCAGUCACAGCAUGUAAUUCCAGCUAUAGAAAUCACUCGAGAUAGUGAAUUGGCUUCACAUGAUGAAUAUCUACGUGGUAGUCGUCGGGGCCAGUAUAGCGAAUCACAUAAAAGUGUGAAUCCAUCACAGUACUAUUCAAGCGAUCAUAGUCGUCCCGCAUCUCCAACUAUGGGUGGAUAUCAUAGGAAUAAUGAAGGUGGCUACUAUGGGCCCAGAAGUCAUUCUCGCCCAGUGCGAGAGGAUUAUCAUGGAAAUGGAUACAGGGGAAGAACAAAUCACAGAAAUGCAAUGGAUCGACCAAGAAUGUUCAUAGCCGUUUACGAUUAUGAUCCACAUACCAUGUCAUCGAAUCCAGCUUUAGCCAAUGAGGAAUUAUCAUUUCAAGAAGGGCAGAUUAUAAAGGUAUAUGGCGAGCGAGAUAGUGAUGGUUACUUCACUGGUGAGAUAGAUGGAAGAAUAGGUUAUGUUCCUUAUAAAAUGGUAAGUGAAAUACCAUAUAAUGAGGAGGAAACUACUCGACACCUUAUGAAUGAUCAUCGAUCACAUCGUCGUCAUCAUGGAGGUGAUCCUAGUGAUCCUUGGUCAAACCUGCCUGUAAAAAAAUUAGUAGCAUUAUAUGAUUAUGAUCCACAGGAGUUGUCACCCAAUGUAGAUGCUGAGAUGGAGUUAGCCUUUAGAACAGGUGAUGUCAUCAGUGUUUAUGGAGAAGCUGAUGAAGAUGGAUUCUACAUGGGUGAACUGAAUGGUGAGAGGGGUCUUGUUCCUUCCAAUUUCUUAACUGAGGCUCCUCCUGAUUUCAGAGAUCCACGAUUAGCACAGCCCAACAGAGGCAGUUCAGGUUAUCCAAAAGAGCAUCGCAGUGGUUCACAGUAUAUGAGAGGCAGUGGCAGCUCUCAUUAUUCUUCAUCAGUACCUUCUAAAGAACAUAUGCCUUCUGAGAAAGGAAGAUAUUCAGAAAGACCGAGCUCAGAUCGUGCAUAUGAAAGGUCGGGUGGUCAUUCAUCUGACCGGGACAGAGGCCAGUAUAACAGCUCAGGUCAUUCUGGACAACACUGGUAGCAGCUUCAUUUUUUAUUCAACAUUUGUACAGGUUUAUGGUCUCAGAGGCCAAUAACAAAAGCCAGGGAAUCAACUGUAUGUAUACUAAACUUGUUCUUCCGCUUAAAAAUGCUGCAUUGUCAGUCUGAGCUGAUAUGGUGUCAAGGAAUAUGUCCUAGAUAAAAAUAUUGUGCAAAUGCAUAAUUGAAAUCAUAUCGAUGGGAAGACUGUUGACCUGUUGUUGGUGUUUUCUCAAUUGAGAAGUUAUGUAAAGUUCUUUCACUGCCAAAUUAAGAUUUUGUUUGUCAAUCUCUUUUAGAGCUGCUUCUGAAAAAUGCUUUAUGAAUGUUGAUAUUUUGUUGACAGAUUAUGAAAGAUAUACCUGUCUCUAGUCAGUUGCUUGGGUUAUUAAUGUUUGGAUGAAAAAAAAAAAUUCCAGUUAGUUUUUUAUUGUAAUUUAUUUUUUAUUCAUACCAUUUGAGAUCAUUUUAAAAGCUUUUAUAAUUAAAUUAAGUUGUUAUGUUCUAGAAUAGCAUUGCUACUAUUUAAAUUAUUUUUAACAAAUUUAAUGUUGCAUGAUAAAGUAUUUGUGUAAAAUGGUAUAAUUUUACAAUAUUAAUGAAAAAACUAUUUUGUCUUUUCCAUUGUUUUGUAUGCCAUUAAAAUUGACUCAUAACUUAAUUUCAAAUUUUAAUAAAUACAAUGAUGUAGACUGUUCUUGAAGUCGUAUAUAAAAAUAGCUUACAUAUAAUAUAAUAUAUUUCGAUAUAUUUACUUAGUUAAAUAUAAUUGAAUUAUGAUUAUAUUUUGAAUUUCAUCAUGCAAUUUCAGUUAUUUUUAACUAAUCACUGUAAUGAAUUCUUAAUCUUCAAACGAAAAGAUUAAAUUGGCUCCUCAUAAUAUAUAUUUUAUGAACCUUUUGUAAAAACUAUGAACUGUGAAAAUGUUAGCAAAUUAAAAUGCUAAAUAAUACAAAACUAAUGUUUAUCAAUCUAGACCAUUCUGACAUGGCUGCGGAUUAAAAAUUACUAAAAUUAAAUAUGCAUUUGCUCUAGAACAUUAUUAUUUUGCUAAUAAUUUACAAUUAUAAAAUUAUCAAAAAUUAAUUUAUAAUUUUCUUUAAAACAUUUUUGACUUAAAUAUUUUGUUGCUGAUGCAUUUUUGUCACUCUUCUUGCUGAGUAAUUUGCUAAAGUUAACUCAGUGUUAAUAAAUGUUAAUAUUGUGGGUUCAACAGAAAAUUCAAUACAAUCUGACUUUUUUAUUCGAAUUUUGAAAGUUUUACAAAAAUUAUGUAUUUGUAUAAAUGUUGCCCUGGUUAGUAAUUCUGCUUGCUCUUUUUGAGCCUGGAUGUGAAUCCCAGAGAAAGCUUGGAUGUUGGUAUAUGUAUGUGUGCAGCAAUGGGGGCACUUAAAAUAUUGGCAAACCAAAAGUCCUCUCAAGAGGUUUGGUGGUACAGGAAGGUGGGCAAUCCUUGGAUCCAUUCCCUGGGAUGUUCCUCAUCAAAACUGAAAUGGAGUUUCUCACAAGUGUAAUUUGUUCCACCUCUCUGUGAUGUCCACUGGGCAACAUUCUCAGUGGGUAACUAAAUAAGCAGUUGGUAUGGAUCUUCCCAAUGAAUGCAUCACGUUGCAACUGUUUGACCAUUUUGAACAACAACAUAUUUAUGUGAAUUUUAUUUUUUAUUGUGAGUUCAAGCAAAAACUCCCAUCCCUCAAGCCUCCAACCUAAGUACCUGUGAAAUAGGAUAUAAUCUGUAACGUUUUAAUGGUAAAUAAAAGAAUAAAUAAUUUUAAACUAACCUUUUACUCUUUAAAUAUAUAAAGGAACAAAUUUUUGAUUCCACAUGAUUCAGUUUUAAUUUAUAUUGGUAUUUUAAAACCAUCUAUAUAUGUGUGCAGAUUUUACUAUUGCAUUUUGAGCGAUUAGCAUUUUCAUGCAUUUUUCGAUUUUUGAAGUAUAAAAGGCUUUUUUGGUUACACACUCAUAUCCUCAUAUCUUGAAAAUGAGCAAGAUAUUUUUUAAAAACAUUGCAAUAUUUCUGUUUUUAAAUAUAGAGAUAAUUCCAAAUUUAUAAAAAAUGGGAAUUCAAAAACUGUAAUAGAGAAUUCAGAUUAAUUACAAAUAGCUUAAAGAAAAGUUUAGUAUGGAAAAUAAUAAAUGAAACCGCAAAACAGCAAGUAUUUAAUUAUUAUAGAAGAGAAAGGGGGAAUAUAAGAAAAAGCAAGUUAAAAAAUGUAUAAUGCUUCAUGUUUGUAUCAUUCAUCUUUUAAUUGAUGCGAGAUUUAGUGAAAUGAAAUUAGAUGUUAACAGUGCUGUAUUUCUAAAAAAAGAGAGAGAUUGUAGCAUCUACUGAAAAUGUAUUAUUUGGCAUUUUAAGUGCAAAAUGCUUAUUCCACUGUUCAUGGUUUUUAAGGAUGUUAAAAAAAUUUUGGGGGCAAAUUUUUUUAAUUCUCAACAAUAUUUCUAAAGUAUUGAAUUUGUGUAUUUUGUAAAUUAAUGUGAUAAUUCUACAUAUCUAGAGUAUACAAACCUGUUAUUGAAGUGACCUGGCUUUAGUAUAUCAUGUUUUUUAAUCCCUCAUAAAAUGUGCAUUAUGUUGAGUGAUGAAACUUAUUCCUUUUUGACUAAUAUUUCAGUUCACUAAUUAAAUUAGUAAUCACAUUAUUUUUAUGUUUUUAUUUUAAUAUGGGGAAGGAUUUGAUUCAAUUUAUGCAGAUUUGUUCAGACAUAUAUUUACUGAAGAAGUCAUAUGCAGCUUGAUCUUGUAAUAUUUUUAAAUGCUUGGAGCCUUAAAAAUAUUAUUCAGAUUUCACAUUCAAAGAUUGAAAAAGAAGGCAUAAUUUAUUAAAUAUAAUUGAAAUGCAUUUAUUUGAAAAUUUAGAAUUAAAAUUGGUUUUACUGAUGUCCAUUGCCAAAUAUGUAAGAUUGAAUGGGUCAUAAUUCUAUAGCAAAUUUUGUAUAUUACUUGCCAAGAAAAAUAUUAGGACAUAAACCUUGAAGAAUUUCAAAAUUUUAAUCAAUUUUAAGUCUGUUUCAAAGUAUAAUUUCUUUCUUAUUUUGAUUCUGGAUUAUAAAUUAUAAAUUAGGUAAAGAAACCCAAGCCUGCUUAGUGCCUGCAGGACCUAUUUGAAUGAUUUAUAAAUAGAAUGUUGCCUCCUUCAAUACUGUUGGAACUAACUUUGUGCCUUUUGAAUAUUAUAUAAAUAUAGUUCAGUUGUAGAGAUAAUGAUGCUCACUAUAAACAGUUGUGUAACUUGUAGUAACUCUAAGUUUUGUAUAUUUUGAAAUUAUAAAUUCAUCGAUUUUUGAUAUUUAGUAGACAGGUAUUAACAAAAAAAUAAUUAGUUUUGUGAAGCUCUUUUUCCUAAUUCUUUAACACUUCUCAUUCUAACUUGAUAUCUGAAUACCAAAAGUUAAAAUUUGUAUGUGAUUAUUUAUUCAGUUAGUAUUUGCAGUACUCAUGUAAAUCAAUAAAAUCUUGAUGAUUGGUAAUAAUCUUAAUGAAAAUGAGUGAAUGCAUUAAAAAUAUUUUUUCACUAUGCAACUGCAACAAUAAUUUUAAAAUGAAACUUUGUCUUAUAAUUUGUGAACUUAUUAACAAUUCAUGUAUUUUAAAUAAUUGAUGAAAAUAAUGCAAGUGAUUACUGAUGGAAGAUGAUUAUUAUUCUUCAUUGUGUUCCUCUUGUUUUAAAAGUAGUAUUAUUUCAUCAUUUAGUGAUUUAUUUUAAAGAUUAUCUGAGAAGAAUUUCUCACAAAAUAAUGAAUAAGUAUAUUGUAUGAAACUGUAUCAACUGGUACCUUUUUAUGCAAAUCUUCACAAUUGGUACCUUUUUAUGCAAAUCUUCACUACAACAACGAAAAGUCACCGAAUUUUGGUGUCUGGUAAACUUUUAUAUUAAUAGGCUACCUCUUCAAAAAUCUUUCUGUGUAGUACUAAUAUGUUAUUAAAUUACUAAACCUAUUUAAUAAAUUGUAAAAGUUUUCACUACAUGACAUUAGUUCAGCAAUCGUGUUGUAGGUUUUGAAUGCUCUUUUAAAAUGAAAAAUGAAAUAAAUGCAUUUUUUGAAAUGCUGUGAUAAAUUAGUUUUGCUCUCUUCAUGUGAUGUAAAAAAAAUAAUCUGCUGCAUUGUGAAUUUUCCUUCAAAAGAAAAGAAAAAACUGUUGUAUAUCCGAAAAUAUGCUAAUAUAUAUGUAUAUAUAUAUAUAUAUAUAUAUGCACACACAUAUGAAACCAUAUGUGCGUAUUUUGAACCUAGUCAUUGUUCAUUUGUCAUAACAUUUUGUGACGUCUCUUCUCAUACUAACAAUUUUCAAAUAAUAACUUACUGAAAAAUAGAUUUAGAGUCCAAUGGACAUUAUAUACUGCUGUUAAAAGAAAAAGUAUCUGCAAGAAUAUUGCUGUUGUUUUCAAGCAUUUUCAGUUUAUUUCUCUGUAAAUGCUUGUAGUAGUUACUAAAAUAAUUUUGGUGUAAAAAUUUUAAAUAAAUUCCUCUAUUAUAUUUUUAUUAUUAUUUAUUUUUAGAAAGAAAUCAACAUAUUCAUUAUCUUUUGGGACUACAUUGUCUUUAUAUGUGCUUUUCCUGCUGUACAUGAAGAGAAGCAAUAAGCAAUUAUUAUGAAUAACAUAAAUUCAUAUCAUUAAAUGAGCUUUAGUGUGGGGUGUUAAACAAUUGUGAAAAAAAAAUAUAUACAUUUAUAUCUCAGAAAAGGCAGCAAUAUUUCAUUAUAUUAAUAGUAUUUUAAGAUGUAUUAAAUAUCGGGAAGUUGAAUUAUUGAAUUUUGGAUUUUAUUGGAUACUUUUUAGUAUUAUAAUGAAGUCAUUUGAUAUUUUCAUUAACAUAUUUUAACGUUUUUAUGCCUUAUGUCAUUGCACAAGCAGCAUAAUAAUUUUUCAUAGUGUUUCUAACUUGAAAUAUUUUACUUUAGUAUUCAUUGUUUUCAUUUAGUUGUAAAAAUAAGAUGGUGCUAAUUUAAUUUUUAAAUGCAUUGCCUUAUUAUUGAACAAUCAGGUAUAAUUUACUUUCCAGAAGUAUACGUAAUUUAAUUUUUGUAAUGUGCAUGUGACAGAAGAACAAUAUUUUAUGUGGAUGGUUUGCAUUCCUGGAUCUAUUCAUAUUGAUACUAACUUAAAAUGUGUGGUGUAUUGGGAGAAUUGUAUAAUAAAAAUAACUAAACUAUUCUUAAUAAUGAUUUCAAACCUUUAUGCAAUAGCUAACCAGUAUAACUCAGACCAGUUACGAUUACAGAUCCGAGUUUGUUAAAAUUUGUCUUCUUUUUAUAUGCUAUUAUAAUAGUUAACUGAAAAUUAAAAUUUUUUAACAAAUUUUAUAUAGUAGGAUUUAAAGAUAAAGAGCUUUUUGUGAAUGUUGUUGAAAAAAAGAAAAAGCAAAAUGUGAUAUUCUUUCUUCAUUGGCAAAGAGAUAAUGAGAAAAAGUAUGCAAACAUUAUUUUACUGGCUCCAACAGAAAAACAUAUCUGUGGAUUUGAUACUUAUCACUUCUGUGAGAAAAAUAUUAUACUUAAAAAAAAUAAAAUCAGUCUAUUGACACUUAUUCAAAAACCUGUCAUGAUAUUUUAAUAUGUUGUAAUAUGUUUUAAAAAAUAAAUUUAUUAAUAAAAUUAAAUAAAUUCAAUCAUAGGUUGGUAUUUAUAUUAAAGAAAAGUUCUAUGCAUUUCAUUUGAAUAAGAUUUAAGUUUCUCAUUCGAAGAGCAAUUUGAUGUUCAAAAUUAACAGAAUAAUUUGUUUGCUUGAGAAAGAGAAUACUCCAAAUUCUCUCAAAAAGGUUUUUAAGAAAAAAUUAAUACCAAUCUAUGGUUUAAUUUUUCUUAAUUAAUGUUAAAGUUAGCAUUCUUUCUAUUGGUCUGUUAAUAAAUAUUUAAAUGAUUUUUAUCACCUAUUAUUUUUAAAAUGUUAUGCAAAUUUAUGUAAUAUUUUUCUUUUCGAAUGCUGUUACGUUUUUCCAGGAUUUGAGAGUAUAUCUAGAAUAUUAUCUGUUAUAUGCACCCUGCAGUGAAAAAAAUGUUUGAGGUUUCAUUUUUUUAAAAUCUAAAUCAUCAAUUUUUACAUUUAUAUAAUCCUGUUUUAUACAAUGUGUAAUUUACUCGACCUGUAAUCUCUUAAGUUGGAAAUCGAAACUUUUUUUUUGUAAAGAAAUUGAGUAACAAGUCAUAUUUUCAUUUAAAAUUACCUUUGUGGCUCUUUAUUUUUAGCUCACAGACCAUAAUUCAAGAAUGGCUAUUCGAAAUGUUUAAUUGUGAGAUUUGUUCAGAAGUUGAGUUUUACUUUAUAUUUUAGAUAAUUAAUUCAUCUCUAUUGUUAUCACAUACUCAGAUUCUUAUUUUGUUCUGAAUCUUUUUAUAAAUAAUAUGGUAAUAAAAGUAUUCUUUGCAAUUGAAUUUACUACAAGAAGCUGAAACGAGCGUAAAUAAAGAGCAGUUUUGGGGGGAGGGAGUUUCUUCAAAGGUCAAAUGUGUAAUUACAGACAAAUGUCAAAGUUUCUUAACUUAGAAUGAGAAUAAAAAUAUCCUAAAUACAGGCACUGAAAUUAUUGUAUUGUAUUACAGUUUUUAAACUUAAUUAAUGAAGUUUCUAAACAAAACUGUUAUAUUGCUAAUUGUAAAUUUUUUUAAAUCUCGUAGCUUCAGCAAGUGCUUAAGUUAUUUCACACAGUUUAUGAUAUUGAUUGUGCAUGAAGUAGUGUAUUAUACUGUUAUAGUAUUGUUAAAAUAAAUGGAAUACCUUAUUAAAGUGACAUGAUAUAAACUUUAAAAAAUGUUGUUUGCAGUAUUUUAAAAAAUAGUUUAAUAAUUUUAAAAAAUAUUCCCCUUAUUUUCAGUUAUAUGGUGUGAUUAUUAGUGGUCAUUUAUCUGAGUUAAGAUACUGAAGUUUUAAGACACUUUUUUUCCCUCCUCUAUAUCACUUAGUUGCAAGAUGUACGUGUAUUUCUGCAACAAGGAUAAUUUUGCAAGAAAUAAAAUGUCAAAAAGUUGUAAUGUAAUGAAUAGAAAACUGCAGUAUUUCAAAAAUCUCCAUUCUUCAACAAAGGAAUUUUGUUUAAAAGAAUGAAAUUUAAACAGGAUCAUUUUAUUUUCAACAGUUCUCUUUGAAAUAAUCUUUUGAAGCUUCACAAUUUCAUAAUUUUUUUACCAUAUUAUGUUUUUCAUUUUACUGACACCUGAAAAAAGUAAUGGGGGUUCAGAAUGUACAUAGCAAAGAACUUCUUACUAAUAUUUUUACAUAUUUUGAAGACCUAAUGGUUGUAAGGUUAUUUUAUAUUAAUUAACCAGUUAUUAGUUAUUUUGUGUGUUGGAACUUUACUGUCACUUCUCCCUUUCUUUUUCCCACCAGAAUGCAAAUCAGGUUGCGAGUUUUUCAGGUGAGGUUUUUUUAGAUUGUAAGACAGAGCAUGUUCUGCAUCUGGAAACCACAUUACUAGGUUGCUAGAUCAGAUAAGUCUUUGGCCUUGCUUUGUAAUUGUCAAUAGUUGAAUAUCUUGGCCAGUUAAUUUUCAAGACAUCUAGCUUAUUUAAAUUCAAUUUUAUAUUUGACUUGCUGUUACCUUAAAUUAUCUCGCCACAAGUAGUUGGCUAAGUUGUAAGCAUCAAGUGUGCCUUCUGUUCUUAUUUAAAUAAUGUAAUAAAAAGGGUCUUUUACACCCUUCUCAAGUUUCAGUUGUUACAUUUGACUGAGCUACAAUCCACUACCAGUCCAUCUAGACUUUGGUUACAUUUUAUGAUGCCAAAGAAAAUUACUGAAUUUUAUAAGGAUAUUUACUGGACAUAUGUGUUUGAUCUGGGGCUUUGUGUAUUUUUAUGAUUUUCUGCUAUUUCAGAACAAUUUCUAGUUUCAGAAUUCUUACAAAUUAAUUUUUAAUCUGCACACCAUAUAUUUGUCUUAUUCUUAUUAUUAUAUGCAUUCUGUUUGGAUAUUUUUGUCUCACUGCAAACAUGCCAGUUUAUAAUUUCUUUAAAUAUUAAGUUAGUAUAGUUUCUGUACUCUUCUGAGAGAUGUGCAUUGUAGGAAAUCAUGACCAUAGUUUUGAAAAUUUUGUUUGAUUUUCAUUACUGUCAUUGUUAUUCAUAAUUCCUCUGUUGAAUUCAACACCAAUUUCGUUGUGAUUUGAGUAUACACAGAAGUAACUCUUUUUAAUUUUCCUGGAAACAAAAGAAAAUGGCAUUUGAUCGAUAUUCUGAUUCACUAUGUUUUCAUGUGCUUUAUGAAUGAUAUAAACAAAUUUUUCAAAUUAAUUAUAAAUGAAAUAUUGGUUUAAAAAUUUGCACUGAAUGAAUGAAUAUGAAUUGUUUUAACUUCUACAUAUGAAUUGUACUAACUAGCUCAUUUUAGAAAGUCAUUGAUUUAUUUUUUUUUUUUUUUUUUUUUUUUUUUUUUUUUUUUUUGUAUAUAUGAAAAUCUUCAAAGUUUUUAUAAAUAUUGUUAGCUUUUACUUCUGUUUUGUCAUCUUUUAUGUCAAAGAAAAUUGCACUGAUAUUUUACAUGUAUAGCUUUUGGAUAUUUCUUUUGGUAUUUUGAUUAAUUGACAUUUAAAUGAAAUUUUGUAACAUAAGGAAUGGUAUGUUUCUCUCAAGAUUGUUAUGUUCUUUCAUACUUCUUAACUCACUGCUUUUAUGAUAUCCUAGGGCCUUAGAUUUUAGGGGUUUAAGAUUAGCGUGUAGUUCCUCACAAUUCUGUUCUGCCUUCAUAAAAAUGAAGCUGUAAAAGAGCAUUGUGUCAAAGGUCCUAGAUUGACUUAAUCUGUGAUUGAUAUGUUGCUAAUGAUGAAGACUACUGACAUGUCAGUGCUUUACUUUGCUGUUAAAGGCUUCCAUCAAGUUAUAUUUGUUUGUUUCUUAUUCAUUGUGUCCUAUAUAUCAUGCUUUGCUAAAUCAUGUGCUGUAUAAUGAAAUGUGAACUCAGUAACCCUUAGAAUAAUUUUCUGGAUUUUUGUAUAAUGCCUGGUUUAAAAUCUUAUUUUCAUACUAACUGCAAAAUGUAGUUGUUUUAUUCUAUCUGAAAUGAUUUCAUUAUUUUUAAUACAGAAGAAAAGAAAUAAAUGUAAAUUAUUUUGAAUUUUGAAUUUCAAUAAUUGAUAGUGCCUUCCUAUUGUUUCCAAUAACAUUUUAUUAUUAAAAAAAGGAUUAUAUUUUUUGUGGAUUUUUAACAACUAUGUACCAUAAGAAUCAUGUGCCAUAAAUAUAAUGUAAAUUCUCAUAGAUUAAAGUAGUAAUUAUAUUAUGAAGUUAAUCAUUAAAAGUCUUAUUAUAAUUUUUUUCAAUAAAUUGAAAAAUUUUAUUGAAUAAAAUAUUUUCUCCCAUUUCUACAAUAAAGUGCAUUUUAUUUUAUUUAUUGCAGAGCAGUAAUAUAACACAUUUUUUGUGCUUAAAAAAUUAUUUAAAAUCUGAAGUUGUCAGAUAUUUUCUUUUAACUACAGCAUGAAGAUAGUGUUUAAAUUUUUUACAAUAUCUGAAAUGAAAAAGCAUAGAAAAAGUACUAUAAACCUACCACUAAUAAUCUCAUUAAACUGAAAAUCUCUUACAAGCAUUAAUCUAAAUAUACUGAAUUUAAUAAAAACUAUUUCUAUGUUGUUUAUUAUUAUGAAUAAACAACAGAAAAUUAUAUGUCAUCAUUUAUUAUGUGUUUAUGAAAAAAAGCACAUUUAGUAUAAUAAAAUUGUCUUUGGAAGAGUAUUAUUUUUCUCCCUCUCAGCUUUGCAUAAAUGUGAUUUUAGAUCAAAAUGUUAUUCCACCUAAAUCAUUUUAAGAUAUUAACUAAUUUUAAAAACUUUCUUCCAAUAUUUGUGUAUAAACAGCGUGAAAUGUUUCUUUAACUCCAGCUCAAUUUUGAAAAUGCUCAUAGUUAAAGCAUGAAUAUGAUCCAUUUAUGCAUUGCUAUAUGAAUCUGCUUGCAAAAAUCUUCCCUACAAUACUUGCUUUGAACAUUAAUAUUGUCAAAGUUAGCCUGCCGUGUCUUAUCACUGAAUGCAAUGUUUUUGGAAUAUUCUUUGGUACUUUUGAUGAAUAUGUUCAUGUAUAUAUGUAAUAUUUCAAGAUUAUAUCUCUGUGAUGGAGAAAAUAACUGUACAGUUUUCUUUACUGUUAAUGGUUCCUACCAUGUACAUAAACAUGUCUCAUACCAGCAAACAACUACUUGCUGUGUGUUGUAGACAUUUGUCUGUGCAUGUGUUUCAGUGGCCAUAAAUGUCAAAAUAUAUAUAUUCUUGUCUUUGUU